AUGCAGAGCUCGAGGCAAGGCGGACACCCGGACCUCGUGUCCUCCCUCAACGUCCUCCUCGCCGCCCUCCACCUCCCCCUGGCCCUCGAGUCCCCAGACGACCUCAUCCCCUCGCUGCUCGUCGCCGUCCUCGAGUGUCUCCUGCGCUCGCGCCUCGACCUCCCCGCGGAGCUCCGCCAGGCACGCGACUUUGCGUUCAAGGUGCAGGCCAUGAAGAUCUUCCUCGGCGUCCUCGAGAACGACAUCAUCGGCCAGGACGUCGGGCUCAGCGACGUCGACCCGCGCCGCCUCGCGAGCGGCGAGUGGGACGAGUGCGUCUUCGUCGGCGAGCUGCUCUGCUGGCUCGGGAAGACCAUGGGCGUGCUCCCGAGCACGAGCGCAGGCGGCGUCGACCCGCUUCCCGAGAGGUUCGCAAGACGGAGUGGCACCGUGUCGUCCUCGGCGCACUCUACCGUGCCGUCCAACCUCUCCCUGACGCGGUCAGAACACGCGGAAUCCGAGACGACCGUGGGGUCAAUCGUGUUCGAGCCUGUGGGGGAGAGCACCUUCGUCCGCCCGCCCGCCCCGACGCCAAUAGCCGGUCGGCGCGACGCGCCCCCGCGCCGCCCGCGGUGCAUCCACGAAAUCGAGGAACCCUCGCUCAUCUUCACACCGGUUGCAGAGUCCUCCGUCGUCAUCGGCCCUGAGAAUGGCGUCGAAUACUGCGACUGUCCCUCCGAGACGACGCACGCAGAAUCGAGGCCCACGCCCGUGCGGUACCACGGCUGGAUCGAGCGCGCAGACGACGACUCCGAGGUCAGGUCGUUCGAGGCAAGCAGACGCACGAGAGCCGCGGGCACGUCUCGACGCGUCUCCAGCGGGAGCAGGAGCUCGGGCUUCAUAACGCGACAUACGUCCCCCGCCGAGUACACCCUUGCCCUCAUGAGCGAGCGGGCGAAACUGCUCACGGAGCUCGCCGCGCUCAAGACGCCGCCGAGGAAGAGGUAG